AUGACUCGAGAUGAAAAAACAUCAGCGACGGAUGCACCAGGCAUCUUAAGGACCCCCGGUUUGAAUGAAAUUCUUCCUCGUCAUGAUCUCGAUCUCUUCACAUCCUCACGCUUGUUUCCUGAAGGGGACUGGAUUCUGUCAGAACUUGGACGAUGUCAUCAAUUUCAGGCAGUCUACUGCAUUCCUAAUCAGCAAGGACAAUUAAUCCCAGCACCUAUGCCUCCAGCCAACAUCUCGGCCGUUACCAACGAGGAGGAGAUCUACCAGCAUUGCACUGUCUAUCAAUUUACCCCUUCAUACCAGAGCCGACGUGAAACAGAACAUCUUAGUCUUAGUGCUAUUAGUUCAGAUGGCCAGCAGCAACGACAACACCACGGUCGCGGGCAGCCAGCAUGCGCCAGCUCUUUUCAACAAGUAUCGCUUCCUUCUCAAAUAUCAGAACGGAAUUGCCAGAACUCGAAUAGAAAGCAUCACCUUGUCUCUCAAAAUGAAUCGUCUUUUCUUGUCAGUCCACCGUCGUAUACACCAGUGGCGGUAGCCCAUGCAUUUGCACUGCCCUUAGAAAAGGAAACGGCAUUUUCCACCACACCAAUCCAGAACCAGAAUUUCGUCAAUUUUACAGGAGAAUAUCACAUUAGUGAUCACUCUUGUCAUAAAGAGUCCUCUGUAUCCAGCGGCUCUUACAGCAGUAUCUCACAUCACGACAUUUUCCCACAUCAUCCAGAAUCGGAAGAAAUUCAUGGCCUCGAGUCAUUCACAUCUCAAGAUUUCCAUUCUGGCGUCCAUGACACCACAGUGGGUUUGGAUGAAUCAUUCAACGUGGAAUUUUCUCCGGCAAUGAUGACGCUGCUUGAAGGGCAGACACUGGACGAAAUUUUAGGGCAAGGAAACGAUAUCGGAAGGGUUACACUUGAACGAGCGCAGGUCAAAAGUGAAGAACGCGACAGGCACGACGAUACUACACUUUCCGGAGUGCAGUCAUAA